AACCGACCCAGAACCCAACCUUUCCUCCCUUCUCGGCCUUGCUCGGAUCAAAACUCGUGGGUUUCCCGAAAGCUAUUCCUGGAAUUAGGGUUCCGGCGUUGAUCCGGCGGAGGGAGAGAGGGGGAGAAGGAGAGGAUGGGAGAGCGCAAGGUGUUGAACAAAUACUACCCGCCGGACUUUGAUCCGGCGAAGAUCCCGCGGCGGCGGCAGCCUAAGAACCAACAGAUCAAGGUUCGUAUGAUGCUUCCCAUGAGCAUCCGCUGCAACACCUGUGGCACCUACAUCUACAAGGGCACCAAGUUCAAUUCCCGCAAAGAAGAUGUCAUCGGAGAUACUUAUCUGGGAAUUCAGAUUUUUCGGUUCUACUUCAAAUGCACCAGAUGCUCGGCUGAAAUUGCAUUCAAAACAGAUCCUCAGAAUUCGGACUAUGUUGUUGAAUCGGGAGCAUCCCGAAAUUUUGAGCCUUGGCGGGAAGAGGACGAAGCAGUAGAAAAAGAGAAGAAGAAAAGAGCUGCUGAAGAGAUGGGGGAUGCAAUGAAGUCACUGGAAAACAGAGCAGUGGAUUCAAAGAGAGAUAUGGACAUACUUGCAGCACUAGAAGAAAUGAGGUCUAUGAAGUCAAGACAUGCAACUGUGAGUGUCGAUAUGAUGCUAGAGACUCUAAAGCGUUCAGCCUACGACAAGGAGCAAAAAAUUGCGGAGGAGUUAGAUAAAGCAGAUGAAGAACUGAUCAAAUCAAUUGCUUUUCCUGGUUCACAAAAUUAUGUCCGACGUAUACAGGAUGAUGAAGAUGAGGAUCUAGAUGAGGACUUUGGUCAGUCAUCUUCCAAUCCAUGCAAGUUACCAGAUGAUAAUUUAAAGGGGAAAAGUAAUUCAGAACUCUCAAGCACAGUGGAAAAACCAACAGAUUCCUUAACAAAAAGCAGUAUUUUUAACAGUUCUAAAGAUGGAGGAACUUCAGGUGGGGGCUCUUCAGUUACCAUGCCGAAGUUUAUAUUGAAACCACGGCCUGUGACAGAUGGGCCUUCUUCCAAGAAGCCCCGGACUGCACCUAUAGAGGAUGACCGACAAGAUGGUGAAAACAAUCAGACGGAAGGCAAUCAGAUGACGAACGGGCUUGUAUCUCUUUGUCAAAAUUAUGAUACGGAUGAUGAAAGUGAUUGAUUGUAGCAAUGUAAUAUUUUAUUAUACUGAGGCCUAAUGCCUUUCAAUGUUUCUGCUAACUAGUGGAAAUAUCACACAUGGAUCAGGGAAAUCGAGCAGCCCACGUAGAUGUAUGGAGGAAAUUUGUAAGCUUGGGUUCGAUUUCUUUCUAGUAAUGGACGAGGCUCCAUGGGUUAUGCUUGGAUAUGAAUGCUGUCGGGUCAUUGUAACUGAAAGUGGAGAGGCUAUUAGCAUGAGUUGAAGCAGAAGACAAUGUUGAAAAUAGCAUGUCUCAACCAUUUCUCUUUGUUUACAUGCCCUCUCUGGUCCAAGUAUGUUGUACU